CAUGUGAAGUCCGGAUUGAAAAGUGCAAGUGGGUAUUUAUGCUGCUCAAGUCCCGUGAAGUAGUGUACUGUACCUAGUAAGUACGGGAUAAUGUCCAGGGUGCAGCACGAGUAUAGUGCGAGUAGAUAGUCCUUCAGAAAGAAAAAAAAAAUGCGGGAAACCCCCCGCCAAAAAAUUAAAAAUUAAAAAUUCAUCCCUCCCCUCCCCUUCCCACACUCCACUUCUUGUAGUUGCAUGCGACACUCUUAUACCUUAAAACGGUGAAACCAUGAUUUUACUCGUACAAGAAAAAAAGACAGCUCCCCUCCCUCUCCACCUCUCUCCCGGUCUACCGGUCUAGUGAAUCCGAUGACUUGCAUGACCUACCACAAACACACAGAGCGAGUGGACGACGACCGGCGGGUAGGCGAAUUAAUCAAUAACUGUAUCAUAUUCAUCGAUAGUGGCGGUUUCCCACCAAUUAUUGGUUUUCGUUUGUUUGGCCCGGUUUGCAAUUUGUGUCACAAUGUGCUGUGCUUGGUUGCGUUUACGGCACAAGUUCUGGUACCGGUACCUGCACCAUGAGUGUCAAACGUACCGCCAUUCAGAUCUGGUUGUGGUUCAUAACGAUGAAGCAGCAGGUAGGAGUUUAAGCUAAGGUCCCAGUUGAGGUAGCACGUACCUGUUCACAGUCAUCCGGGAUUAUAUCAAGUCAAAGAAACCAAAGACCCCCCCCCCUGACAGUGCUUGCCAACUUCCGAAGAAUGCCGUGCCGUAACAUCCUUGAUACCAGAAGUCGAUCCUACGGACUCCUUCCCUCUCUAGCUUGCCAGCUCGCGAGCAGACAUAUGAAACCACCCCCGCCCAUUAAUAAAAAGGGCCGAGAAACGCCGAUCCGACGUCACGUCGAUGCUGAUGGAAUAACCUUUUUUUUUCUUUUUUCUGUUUCCCUGAUCGGUU